AUCUCAUUCUCAAUCUCAACAAUAUUGUCAAAAUUGUCAUUUUUGUUUUGUCACUAUCCCUGUCUGAAAAAUUAAUAAAUUCAAUACGCAAAAUAAAUUCGACAGAUCUGAGACCUUUGUUCCGUGUUGUAUGUUAGGAAAAUGGUUGACCCAAUAUUCGAUUACCAAUUUAGGCUCAUCCUAAUCGGAGACAGCACAGUGGGCAAGAGUUCCUUGUUGAAAUAUUUCACAGAAGGAAAAUUUGCAGAGUUGUCUGACCCAACGGUGGGUGUCGACUUUUUUGCAAGAAUUAUUGAAGUACAAGAUGGUACACGAAUCAAACUACAGCUCUGGGACACAGCUGGGCAAGAAAGAUUUCGGUCCAUAACCAAAUCAUACUACAGGAACUCUGUGGGAGCACUUCUGGUAUAUGAUGUUUGCAAUCGUUCCAGUUUUGAGCAUAUACCUCUGUGGAUGAUGGAGGCUAAAAGGCAUAUAGAACCACACCGGCCAGUAUUCGCUUUGGUAGGAUGCAAAGUUGAUCUUGUUGGUAACGAUAAUAAGAAUGGUGCAUGGAGGGAGGUUUCCUGUGAAGAAGCGAGAAUGUUUGCAGAAGAAAAUGGUUUGCACCAUGUAGAAACAUCUGCAAAAACAGGUUCAAAUGUAGAACAGGCAUUUAUACUUGUCGCUCAAGAGGUAUACAACCGUAUACAGACAGGUGAAUAUAAAGUGGAGGAUGGAUGGGAUGGGAUCAAGACGGGCUUCAACCGACCCAACGGUAUGGACUUUAAUCUGCUAGAAGCAGAAACUGUACAAUCUACCUGCUGUUAAACACAAUUAUUGUUUAAUAUUCAUCUAGUUUAGGGUCUAAACCUGUUAUAUUUGCUAUUUAACCUGCAAAAAUAAUUCUAUAUUGGACUGUAUGUUUUUAUGUUCAAGUGAAUUUCAUAUACAAAUUAUUUACUUUGUGUACAUACAUAUGUGUGGGUUAAAUUAAAUAAGUCAUAUGAGCUAUAAGUAUAUAGAGUAGUAACUAAAAUAGUAGUAGGUGUUAAUAAAUUAUAUAUAUGUAUUAAAAUUUAAUUUUAUUUCUAUAUAAAUUAAAAGUACCCAGAGGAAUGAUUUGUCUUAGAAAUGUAAUAUUUUCCAAUCUAGCAGGUCCAUGGAUUCUAAACAGAUGAAAUGUAAAUAUUGACUCAUAUAUUAGAAUUAUAUACAUAUAUAAAUUAUAUAUUAUAGGUAUUACAUAUAAGUUUAACUUUAUUACAGUAUGUAGAUACAGUUUGCACAAGGUUUUUUGAUGUUGCCACAAUAUAAUGAAACAAAAUUUGUAUUAAAUAUAAAGAAAAUUAGCCAAGAUCUUCAUAAUAUAUGAUGAUGAUGAUGAUAGUUGAAUGUAAUAUAAUUUUUUUUUGUGUUGAGGUGUUUUUUUAUCAAACUUCUCAGAAAUGGCUGCAAAUCUACCAACAUCGUUUCAUACCCCUAAAUGAUAUGGGUAACCCACCCCAAAAGAUUUCAUAAAUAAUUUCACACUUUUAUUAGCUUGUGUAGAAUAUGUGACUCUAUUGACACCCUGAGAUAUGACUAGAAAUUGCAUCGUGCAUAUCUUCAUAUAGAAUACAACCAAUACGUGAUUGCUAAAAGAUUGACCAUUUAUAUUUUAUUAUCAAACUGAUUUAUAUAUUUCAAAUUUUAACUAGAAAUAAUAAUAUUCUGGUGUACAGUGACAAGCAGUUGGUUUUAAAUAUAUAUUUUUUUUAUGAAUUUGAUAUGAGGUCAAUUGACCUAUUUUCUUUAUAUUUAACACACAGGUAUAGGGUAUACUUUGAACUAUAUAAAUCUAAUCAAAAUCACAUACAGUCUUAAAAAAAUUUAUUCGUUUUUAUUUAAAUAUAAUUUGGGCUGUAUUCCACUUGGCAAUCAGAACGACCGCAUGUGGAACAUCAGCAGGAGUAUUUUUGACAUUCAACAAGUGGAACACAGCCUAAAUAUAACUUUAAUUAUAGUUUUUAUUUCAGUAAUAGAUAAUAGACAAUACUUGUUUUUUAUUUAAAUAUAAUGCAAAUAAAUAGAAAGUCUUAUUUAAUUUUAAAGAGCAAAAGAAUAAAGAAGUUUUGCAAUAAAUGGUAUAAAUGAGUUAGUUACUAGCACAUAAAAAAUGGGACCACCCUGGCAUCAAACCCUUCAAAACAAAAAAAGAAUUUCCAAAAUCGGCCCACAAAUGACGGAAUUAUCGCUGGACAUACAUAAAAAAAAAAAAAAACAUACAUACAGCCGAACGUAGAACCUCCUCCUUUUUGGAAGUCGGUUAAAAAGCAAAACUAAAAUGAUUAUAUUUUAGUUUUGCUUUUAUAUGCCACUAACUAGCUCAUUAAUACCAUUUAUUCUUGAUUUAAUUUGAGUAUUAUGAAAAUUAAAAGAUAUUUUAAAAAUCAGACAAACAUGUUGCUGAUUUAAACUGUACUACCCCAAUAAUUAAUUAUUGUAAUCACUUAUACCCAUAGACAAGAUAAACCAAAGAGUUUGAUUUCACAGAUAAAAAAAAUGUUCAAAAUGUUAUUUUAGUUUUAGUUUAACUAAUGUUUAGUGACAAUAUACUAACACUUUACUAAUAAUAACUACCUUGGUGUAGUAAAAAUUUUGUACCUGCGUUAAAGUAAUGCAUAGGACUUAGUGUUAAAGAAUACAACUGAUUUAAGCCAAUCCAGAAAAAUAACAACCUUGCCAUUUUGCGGGAAAAAAAGAAAAAACUUUCUUCAACUAGAUUUUUUUUUAUUGUAUGUAUAAAAAACAUGCUAUAUAAGAGCCAUAUACUUGGCACAGAUUGCUUGAAAGUAGCUGUGGUGGCCCCAAUGCAGGCUUCUAAAUUUCUGGGCAGGAUAGAAGUUCAUUCAAAAGAAUAGAUUAAAGAGUUUAUGACUGUGAGCUUUAAAACUAUUGUGAGAUAGAUAUAAUGCUCUUUAAUUUCUUACAUCACUAAGGCUUAGAUCCCAACCACGGUUACAGGAGCGUCGUAUUUUUUAUUAUUCUUAUGACAACAUAUUGAUCACAACGACCCCUAAGCCUUGUUCCGGGUCUCAAGAGGCUCUAAAUUCUAAAAUACCCGUAUAGAGGUGUUUCGCCUAGCCCUAGUGAUAGACUCAGAGUUUUGCGCUCGUUCAAACCUCACAUUGACGUUACAGUGAUCUUAUUAAAAAGGCAAUUAGACUUAAAUAAAAAUUGUCAGGAAAAAAAAGAUAAAUGAUUUAUACUUUUAGUGACCAAAUUCUGUGAAACUAUCUGCAAAGUGUGCUCAUGUAAACUUUUAUUUGAAAAUUAAAUCAAGAAAGUUUGCAGGCGUUUGCCGCAACUUUCCGAUAUUAGUAGUUUUGAUGAUAAAUGAUAACGUAGUCAAAAAUAAUUUGCUUUUUAAAUAACAAAUCUGCUAUUACCAUUAUAAAAUAUGUAUGAGCAGUCUUGUAUUAAUGAAAUGUUUUAUUUAUACAAUUGGCGGCCAAGACCUUCGUAAUGUAUUUCAACCAUAUUUUUUUUUGUAAAGAAAUCAGAGACUCGUCAUGUUUUGAUAAUAUUUUUGCAUAAUAUCAAGAUAAAUAACUACUUCGUAAAGUUCUAUUAAAAAUCUUUACCAUAGACUAUAAUUUUAUUUAAUUUAUGCCCCUACCAUUGUGAUAAAUCUAUUUCUAGUAAUCGGUAUGUUCUCUGAUCACCUAAUUUAGGUUAUCAAAGUUUCAUGUUUUUAAAUGUGUAUGAUUCAUGUCUGUAAUGAUAAUAAAUCUGUUAUUUAAAGUUUUGUGUCUCCUACUUUGCAAUUUAUCAAACUUUAAUGUUGAUAAAUUAAAAUUCAAAAUAAUCGCGGACUAGGAUUUGCUGGAUACCGUCAAACGUCCGUCCAAGCCUGUUCCUUUUGUAGAAGUCGGUAAAUUAAAACUUAGCCAACCCAUAGCCUAGGGCGGGGGAGGGCAAAUUGAUAAUAAUAACAAGGGAGGAUGAGAAAAAUAUUGUACUUUGUAGGACAAGAGCAUGCAGCUUUACUAAUUGGGUAUUUGACAUUUUUUUGUAUAAUGUAGUAAAAGUAUGCUAUAGUAUAAGAAUUUUCUAAAAGUAACAGUGUAACUGCGAUGACUUCUUUCGGAGAAACGCUUUAGACUGCUUUGAUGUGACGUCACACCAACGAAAAAUCGUUAACUUAUAUGGGGUUAAGUAUAUUAUACUUCUCUUAAUAAAAAUUGUCACAUUCAAUGUAAGGAACAUAAAAUUAUACCCACGAUUUUACAUUGAAUUAUUUUAUAAAAAUUUUUGUUUCUGUUUGAAAUUUGAACCUCAUUAACUUUUCUUUACAGGCAUUAAUUAGUUAAUAUUGUCUUUAGACAAAGACCUAAUUGUAGCGCUGUAAGUUACUACUUCUACGGCGAUUGUAAUUGUAAAGCAAUCGACUGAACGGCAUUAGGGCUUUGGUUUGCUUUGCAUUUCGUUAUUUUUUGGAUCUCUAUGGGCGAGCUUAGCUCCCUGCCUCACCUUGUCGUGGUAACGCUCUGUUACGACUAUAAAAAAUUUAUUAGAAGAGACUUCAAGGGAGAUGUCCCACUCUCCAUACAUUGUUUGCCCCAGUCAAAAAAGUUAAUACAUCACAAUGAAACUCUUACCUUUGGGAUCUUGUAAUGUCUAGAUUAUAAAUUUUAUUUUUCACUACUCUUGCUCAAAAACACUGUCAAAUCUGUCACGGGCCAAAUCAAGCAUUUCAGCCUCCAGGGGCUAAAUUAUUUUUUUAUUUUUUUAUUUUUGUUUGUUACGAGUCCUACCUACCUAGCCUACUAUAAAACGAAAAAGGUUAAUCAUGCUAAAAUAAUUAUCUCUAUAAAACGAAGGAGGUUUUAUUCGUAAAUAGAAUCAUCUUAUGUGGGUACGAGUACGUAUAAAAGGUCCUGAUUGUUUGAUAAAAAUUUGAAAUUGGACCGAAAUGCAGCAUUCUGGUCUGUGGAAUGCGUUUUUUUUUUUCAUUUGAUUUUUAUUGAGUUGCGAGCUGCGUCUGCAAAAAGAAUUUUAAUAUUGAAUACUGCACUAAUUUAUUUCAUUUUCUCGCAGUCUUAGUGAAUAGUAUAGUGUAAUGCGCGGGGCUAAACCCAUUACAAACUCGGUUUCUAUUUAGCGGCCCUUGCCUUACGGCUAAUGCCCUAAAAAUACCUCGUAUAUAAUGGGUCCUUUUAGCCCCUUGUAUAACAAUCUACUAUUAAAACCCCGCUAUUUCCUAGAUUUCUGUUGAUAACUUUCAAUAAAAUUUAAAAUUGUAAAUGUAAGGUAAUUUUAGUACAUUUAUAUUAUUGGGUCUCUUGGUAUUUUUUAUUUCAUCUGGGGCAAUUUAGGGGCGUCUCCUUUGUGUUAAAUAAUUUUAUAGUUCUGAAAUCUGUUUUUUGAUUAGUGCAUUGUAACUUGACUACUGUACUUACUUCAGAAGGGAAAACUUACUUGCUACGAGAUUUUAUUCAAUGUAUGGUACGGAAUCCAAAAAAAUUAGACACGGUUGGGUUGGUUUUUUUGUUUGCACAUACGCUAUCUAAUAAGUAUAUCUUAUAAUAAUUAAUUAUAAGAUUGUGUUUGUUUGUCGUUUUGUGCUUUAACAAAUUUGGUCUAAUUGUGUGAUCCAAUGCCGUCCAGAAACGGACAACCACAAAUUAUUGUUAAGUAGCUCUUAAACGGGCUAUGAGAGUAAAUUAACUGAUUCUAUAUUUCAUCCAGUAGUGUCAAAAUGUUAACCAAUCCAUACACUAAAUCAGGAUUUAGUGUAUUAAUAGUCGUUAAACAACAUUAACUUAAAGUUGAGAUCAUAAAUGUCAUGUUUAUCUUUAUGAGGAGUCUCAAUUCAACUCUCAACACUGGAUUCUGUAUGUGCUCUUGAGUUGAGAAACUAUUAAUACGAAUCUAAACUAACUAUUAGUAGAUUUGCUAGCAAUAUCCGAAUUCGGUUUUUACAUCCGUAUUUUCACGGAUUCGGAUCGGAUGCAGUGCGUAUUACCUAAUUAUGUAAAUUAUUUUUACCUGGCACCUAAAUACAUUCACACAAUGAAAAACUGAUGAAAGUGACUAAAAAUUACAUCUUCCGUUCAUCAAUAAUAUGUUAAAAAAAAUAAUAAAAAAAAAUCAAGUAAACAAUACACCCGAUUGCAUAAUUUCGACAACGAUUUUACAUUCUUUAAAAUGUUGCAGAGUAAAACAAAACUAAUGUUAUAAGCUUUAAAGCUCAAAAUAUUUUACAUACGGUUUGUAUAGGUACACGAUUUUAAAUUAAAGUGUACAUUGAAUUCGUUCUAUUCAGAUGUGAUAACCCUUCUAUAUUUUAAAAUAAUAUGUAUGUACUAUAGCUUGGCAACUUCGUUCGUAACACUCCCGAUGUUUCGCGCUUGCCGGGGGGCGUGUAGCGAUGAGUGAAAAACCCACAACUGAUGCACGUCACUUCCCCGCACGUGCAAUUUCACACCCGCGCAGUCUUUCCCACCGUCGCCCGCAUAUCAUGGGAGUGUUUUAUACGAACUUGACAGACUAUACCAACGUAGCGGCAAUACAUAUUGCGUUUAGAAACAGCUAGAAGAGAAAUAAUAAUCACUCGUCAGAUUGUAUAUCAAGUUAAACGUUUAGCCCGUUUAUAGACGCAUUUAGAUUUAAAUGUAUAAUCGGUUCGGAAAUGUUCAGACUUCGCCUUCAAUUUAAAUUUAUUCUUAACUUUGCCCUUCAAAUAGAGGCCAUGCGUAGUUUCGAUAACAUAGUCAAAUAUGUCUGAAAAUAAGGCUUUGUUUACAUUAUUCUUUUUAUUUUUUUUAAUACUACGUAAUAAACCUUACGCACGCAAUAUAAAUUACCGCAGAUAAUUACUAAUGAAAUUACAAACAUCUCAUGAAAUAAUCGGUGUUCUCUAUCUGGUCGAGCUUCGCUCUGACUAGUUGACAGUUAGCUAGCAACCAAUCGCUAGAAGGUUAUCGGCGCCGCACAGUUCACUUAAAUAUUAAGAAUUAUUUAGAUUGAAGUGACAUUAAACUGAAUCGUCACUUAACAAGCUGGUUUAUUCACUAAUUUGAUCUUUAAUAACAACCUAUUAAAAUAAACAUCAAAUCAACUGAGAAAUGUCAUCUACAAGUAGGUACCUACUGUAUGAUAUCCAUACGGUACUGUAGGGGUUGUCUGCAAGCAUCGAAUGACAUUUGUUAGGCCUAGUUCGGACUGCUUUAGUAUUUUAGUCGAGUACGAACGAUUUUUGGGCGGUAAAUCCAAAAAUUUUUCGUACUAGACUAAAAUUAUAAAGUAGACUGUACGGUCUAUUACAUAGAAGCUCAAUUUCGUUUAGAUCAACUAACAUACGUCAAAGUUAAAGUGAAUUAGCCUGCAGGUGAGCAGUACCGGUGCGGUAGAUAAACUGUUACCAAUAAAUAUAUCUAAUUUCUAUUGAAAUUGGAUAGCGCGAUUAGAUAUAAUAUUAUUAGGACUAAACGCUUUCCUAGCGUGCCAGAAAAAGCGUUUGAUCUGAGCUGACUCUAAGCGGUAUAAUAUAAUGUAUAUUUUUUUAUUAAAAUAUAAUAAUAAUAAGCAAAAUGUAAGCAAAGUCUUGAAUUUCUUAUAGUAAUUUCUGUUAUAAUAUGUACACACUGGUAUUGUGAAUAUUGGAUAAUGUUUUAUUUAUUAUAUUUUUUUUAUUUCUUAUACCUACCUUAAUAGUUGGUACAUACAAUUAUUGGUAUAAUUACUGUCUGCUGUUAUAAAAUGCUUAAUGAAUAAAAAUGAAGUAAAGUUUUUUGUUAAUUACUAAUA